GCAUUACCUCCUGUGCUUCUCUCACGUCGCCUGCAGACAUCUUCUCUCCACCGUGCCGUUGCCACUACCACCUCCAACCGUACCUUGACCACACGCAGCCGCCACCGGGAUCCCUCGUCGAGUAAGCCGCUAGAUGCUCCGUUGUCUGAGACCGCACACCAACCCACUACAAACAACCUCAUACCACGAACAAUGGCUUCUCGCGCGAUCCCCUCCCACCUGAAGCCCGCUGCUGCGGCCGGAAACGGCGACGCUGCUGGCUUUGCCGGCAGGCACCACGGAAAGUCCCAAUCGCACGUGGCUUUCGAGAACACCUCCACAAAUGUUGCUGCAUCUCAGAUGCGCAAUGCCCUCAACCAGCUCGCCGACACGGUGAAAGACCCGAAGGAGAAGCAGAGAUUCGAAACUGAGAUGGACAACUUCUUCGCUCUUUUCCGGAGGUACCUCAACGACAAGGCUAAGGGCAAUGCCAUCGAAUGGUCGCGGAUCGCUCCCCCCAAGGCAGAGCAGGUCGUCAACUAUGCCGACCUUGCCAACUCCGACUCGGUCGAAUACCUCAACAAGCUGGCUGUUGUCAAGCUGAAUGGUGGUCUGGGUACAUCCAUGGGUUGCGUCGGUCCCAAGUCCGUGAUCGAGGUCCGUGACGGCAUGUCCUUCCUGGACCUGUCGGUCAGGCAAAUCGAGUAUCUCAACCGCACAUACGACGUCAACGUGCCGUUCGUGCUCAUGAACUCGUUCAACACCGAUGUCGACACCGCCAACAUCAUCAAAAAGUACGAGGGCCACAACAUCGACAUUAUGACCUUCAACCAGUCCAAAUACCCACGUAUCCUCAAGGACUCGCUCCUCCCAGCACCCAAAUCCUCGGAGUCCGACAUUGCCAAUUGGUACCCACCUGGGCACGGUGACGUCUUCGAGUCCCUAUACAACUCCGGCAUCUUGGACAAGCUCAUCGAGAAGGGCAUUGAGAUCAUCUUCUUGUCCAACGCCGACAACCUAGGCGCUGUUGUCGAUCUCCGCAUCCUGCAACACAUGGUUGACACCAACUCAGAGUACAUUAUGGAGUUGACCGACAAGACCAAGGCCGAUGUCAAGGGUGGUACCAUCAUUGACUACGAGGGUUCGGUUCGUCUCCUUGAAAUCGCUCAGGUGCCCAAGGAGCACGUCAACGAGUUCAAGUCUAUCAAGAAGUUCAAGUACUUCAACACCAACAACAUCUGGAUGAACCUCAAGGCUGUCAAGCGUAUUGUGGAGAACAACGAGCUCGCCAUGGAGAUCAUUCCCAACGGAAAGUCGAUCCCCGCCGACAAGAAGGGCGAGGCCGAUCUUUCCGUCCUCCAGCUCGAGACUGCCGUCGGCGCUGCCAUCCGUCAUUUCGGUAACGCCCACGGUGUCAACGUUCCCCGUAGGCGUUUCUUGCCAGUGAAGACCUGCUCCGAUCUCAUGCUCGUCAAGUCGGAUCUCUACACGCUCCAACACGGCCAGCUCGUAAUCGACCCCAACCGAUUCGGCCCUGCACCUCUCAUCAAGCUGGGAAGCGACUUUAAGAAGGUCUCCAGUUUCCAGUCACGCAUCCCCAGCAUCCCCAAGAUCGUGGAACUUGACCAUCUGACCAUCACUGGUGCCGUCAACCUAGGGCGAGGCGUCACAUUGAAGGGUACAGUCAUCAUUGUUGCGACGGAAGGCAGCACCAUCGACAUUCCCCCGGGAUCCAUCCUGGAGAACGUGGUCGUCCAGGGUAGCUUGAGGCUGCUGGAGCAUUAAAACUUUAUAAUAUAUGGCACAGCUUUCUACCGGUGCGUGGGUUGUGGUGGCAUGGGACGGAAUCGGACUAAAUAGUGGGUUAUCGUGGUAUUGAGUUACGUAGCGGCUGCUCGGAUGUGCCUUCAUGUCUCCCAUGGAGCGCGGUGCAUGUAAUAGACACAAUUUGCAUUUUCUAGAGUUUUAUUGCC